AUAUGACUCCGAAAUACUCCCACAUUGCUUUAUCCACAGCCCCCAGCAUCCCAUUCCGCAGGAAGAGGCGAUAUUAAUGAAAUCUUGUAUUUGUUCACCUCCAUGGGAGGUCCUCCUCCUGGUGGCUCACUACCUUGACCCAAAAGCCCUAGCUAUAUCAUCCUGUGUCUCCAGGUCAUGGUCCAUCUCCAUGUCCUCCGACCACCUCUGGCAGCCCAUCUGCUCUGCCCACUUCCCCUCCCUCUGCAACCUCCGCGCCGCGGACCCCACCGUCCCCUACCGCCGCCUCUACGCUAUCGGCUACGUCUCUGUGAAGCGCCGCCUCCGGAGCCCCUCCAAGCCCCGGCUCUCCCUCGAUGACGUCGUUUUCGCAAUCGACGUCCAGUGCAGGGAUUCCGGCAUCGUGACCAUUGCGAAACCGGCGAGCGACCUGGAGCCAGACCCCAACGGUCUGUUUCGGUUUGAUAUGGAGGUGUGCGAGCCGCCGAGGAUGGCGAAAGUGUUGGCCGGAGUGAGGGUUAUGUGGAGUGUGGUGUUGAAAGGGUGGCAGGGGGUCUUCUCUAUGAUGGAGUAUAAGGGGAAGGGGAGCUUUGUUCCGGACGUGGAGGGGUGGUUCUCGAGUGAGCUGCCGGCGCCGGUGUGUUGCUCGGGUAGGGUGGGAAGUGGGCUGGUGGCGGAUUUGAGGUUGGGGUUUUGUGAGGCUGAAGAUGGGAGAGGAGGGAGGGUGAGAGUGGGGAAGGUGGGAGUGGGUGUGUUGAGUGUAGUGAGCUGGAGAUAUGUGAGUGUUGAUGAUGCUCUCAGGUACUUGCAGCAUUUUCUUUCACCCUCUCAUGACUGAUGAGUAGAAAUGCACCUCUGCCUCAGUGUAUAUCUAUAAUGCCUCUAUUUAUAUUAUCAUGUUAUUAUCUACGUGUGCGCUUGAGAGUUGGGACUCUGUUUUUGUAUUAACAAAUUUUGGAUGUAAAGUUUCAGCGUUUCAAGAAACCUAAAUUUCCUUGGGUGAAA